ACAAAUAUACCAGGGAGAACUCAGGAUGGGAUAUAAAAGAUGGAUUUUUUCAUUUUUAUUAGCUGCAUCACAAAAACUUCUUGCAGAAGACAAGACUUGUAGCUUGCCCAACAUAGAAAAUGGAAGGAUUGCUCCAUAUUACUAUAGUUUUCAAGAUUAUUAUUUUCCAAUGAAGAGAAAUGCAAAGCUUUCAUAUUCCUGUUUGGCUGGUUACACAACAGAAAGUGGGAGUCAAGGAGCGAGAAUAAACUGCACAACAAGAGGCUGGGCCCCAGCCCCCAGAUGUUACAAAAAAUGUGCCAGACCUCCCUUGCAUCAUGGUGUUUUCUCUGAUACAAAACUGUCCUUCAAAAUAUGGGAGAGCUUGCAGUACAGUUGUGAUUCGGGCUAUCGGACACCCGAGGGCAGCAGCGGCAAAACAAUACAGUGUCUUCAAGAUGGAUGGUCUUCUGUGGCCCAGUGCAUGGAGACAUCUGACACAUGUUCGGCACCAGACCUAUCCCAUGGUCACUACCACACAGUCCAAAGAGUGUUCAACCUAAAUGAAAAACUCAAAUAUGAAUGUGAUGAUGGAUAUCUUACAGCAGGAGGCAACACAAUGGAGGAAGCGUUAUGCCAUCCUCAAGGCUGGUCCCUUUUUCCAAAGUGUACUAAGCUGCAAUGUUCAUUACUCAGUCCCAUAGAACAUGGAGGAGUCUAUCCCAGCAAGGGGAGCUAUGAUGAAGGAGAUGUGGUCCAGUUUUUCUGUUUGGAAGGUUAUUCCUUAGAAGGACCAGAGCUAAUUCAGUGCUACAACUUUGGCUGGUACCCAAAACCUCCAGUAUGUGAAGAAAGAAGAAAUAAGUGUCCUUCUCCACCUCAGCCUCCUAAUGCCAAAUUGCCAAGCCCUUUAAGAACAUUCCAUCAUGGAGAUACACUACAUUUGCAGUGUGAGCCCCCCUUUCAGAUCAGAGGAUCGGAUGAAAUCCGCUGUGAGAAUGGCAAGUGGACUUCGCCUCCCAAAUGCACUGUUCUUCCUCUGAUCCCAGACACCGGCAGGUCAAAAAAUAUGGAAGUUCCACUCCUUCCAGAAAUGGAAAGAAACUGCAGUUCUCCUCCUGUAGUUAAACAUGGUUUGAUUACUAGUGCAGUUAAUCCAUGGAUGACAAGCUACAAAACUGGUUCUUUAGUGGAAUACAGAUGUGUCAGCUUUCAUGUUAUGAAAGGACCAAAAGCAGUGACCUGUGUCCAUGGAAGUUGGACAGAGCCACCCGUUUGUUCAGAACCAUGUUUGAUUGAUGAAGAAACUGUUGGCAUUUACAACAUAGAACUGAAAUGGACUCUGGAAGAAUUAAAUUUUUUACAUGGUGAAGUUAUUGAAUUUGUGUGUAAACCAGGAUAUGUUUUGCCACCAUCUAUCAGUGAAUCUCAGCUGCUAGUACAAUGUGUUAAUGGAGAAUUGAGAUAUCCAAAGUGUAUUUUAAGAGAUCCAAGUGAAAACUGUGGCCCUCCACCUUCCAUCAGAAAUGGAAUUCUUACCAGAUUGGUGGGAACAGACUAUGCCCCUGGUUCAUCCGCAGAGUACAGCUGUCAUGAAUAUCACUUUUUGCAAGGGUCCAGAACAGUGUCUUGCUCAAGAGGUCAAUGGACCACCCCACCAAUUUGCAUAGAGCCAUGCAUCUUAUCCCAUGAAGAGAUGGCAAAGAAUAAUUUGGAUAUGAGAUGGAGUUUUGACAACCGUCCUUAUUUUCUACAUGGAGAAUUUGUUGAGUUUAUCUGCAAACCAUACCAUGUCAGACAAUAUUCAACUUCAGAGUCUGAUUUUAGGGUACAGUGUCGGAAUGGGACAGUGUUGUAUCCACGUUGCAUUGAUAUGCAAGGGUAAAAGGGAACAAGGGGAAAAUGAUGCUUGAAUUCUUUCUACAUUGCAAGAUGGUUUCCAACAUGACGCUUGGCUCAGUCAUUUACUGCCUCAAGCCACUUUAGCCAAGGCACUCAAGUCUCCUGGGAUAACGAUGAUGGUCAAACUGGUGCAACCACUCAAAGAUCCUUCAGUUGCUCUCCUACCACCCUCACACCACCCAGGACUAAUCUCAGACUUGCAAAUCCCCCUCCAUGAUCAUGUUUGUGGUGUCCUCUUGCUUAAGAAACAGCUAGUUGUAAUGCAUGCUUACUCAGCAGUAAACACAAUAUUUCAAUGGCCUUACUCACAAGUAAAUUACAGUGACUUUCAUGGAGCUGACUGAUGGGAAAGUCCCCACAGAAAGGAGCUGAACUUGUUUAAUUUGGGUGGAGAAAAGGGGGUGUUGGUCUCACUGGCUUGAAGGACUGGAGCAUACAUCAUUCUUCCCUAUAAUAUCCUGGGAAAAGGGCAGGGAGAACUGUCAUUGUUCUUUUUUUCAGUCUUCACCUUUGUACGUGCACAUAGCCAAUUCUGCUAAAAGCAGACACAAAACAAGCAAACUUUAAAGGUCUGUCUCUCGGAGCACAUCUCCUCUUCAUUUAUAACUCUGCCACAUCCUCAAGCUAGCAACACCCAGCAAUAGCACUCAGGAAUAUAUGUGUGAUGUGGGAAAAGGACGUAAAAAUUGUGGCUAUCACACAAGUCUUGCCAUGUCUAUUAGGAGUCAGGAGUGUGAGAUGUGGAUGUUGCAAUACUGCAACAAGUUCUUCGCUCAAUGAGGUUAGGUGGAGAUCUGAAAAUUUGAUCUUAAAAUGGAUGCUU